AUGAAUAACGCACCUCGAUUAGUUAAUCGUUAUUAUUCUUCAGAAUUUUUUUCUAAAAAGUAUGAUGUUAUUGUAGUUGGUGGUGGACAUGCAGGAGUUGAAGCCUGUUGUGCUGCCAGUAGAAUGGGGGUAAAUUCGUUACUGAUAACCCAUAAAAAGGAGAGUAUAGGUGAAAUGUCAUGUAACCCUUCUUUUGGAGGAAUAGGAAAAGGACAUUUAAUGAAGGAAGUCGAUGCUUUAGAUGGAGUAUGUGCGAGAAUUUGUGAUUUAACAGGCGUUCACUAUAAAGUUUUAAAUAAAUCUAAAGGGCCAGCAGUUUGGGGUCCACGAGCUCAAAUUGACAGAAAGUUAUAUAAGAAAGAAAUUCAAAACGAGGUGUUUAAUAAAACUUCUAAUUUAGAUGUCAUGUUCACUUCAGUAGAUGAUUUAUUAAUUGAUAAGGAAAGUAAUUCUUGUUUAGGUGUUGUAACAAAACUGGGUGAUAAAAUAUUAAGUAAAACUGUUAUAUUAACAACUGGAACUUUUUUAAAUGCACAAAUUAAUAUUGGUUUAGAAGUUAAACCAGCUGGAAGAAUGGGAGAUGAGCCUGCCAUACCAUUAGCAAAAACCUUGGAAAGAUUAAAAUUUUCCCUUGGUAGGCUAAAAACAGGAACUCCACCCAGAUUAAGAAAGGAAACCAUUGAUUUUAGUGUCUGUAUAAGGCAAGAACCAGAUAAUCCAUCUCAGCCUUUUUCUUUUUUAAACAAAAAAGUAUGGAUAAGACCAGAAAAUCAAAUACCUUGUUUUUUGACUCACACAAAUGAAAAAAUUGGUAAAAUUAUAGCAGAUAAUAUGCAUUUGAACAGGCAUGUCAGAGAAGAAAUCAAUGGACCUAGAUAUUGUCCUUCCAUCGAAUCUAAAUAUCUGCGAUUUAAUAGAGCCCAACAUCAAAUUUGGCUUGAACCUGAAGGGUUAGAUAGUGAUGUAAUUUAUCCUGGUGGUUUAUCUUGUACAUUACCUGAGGAUUUACAACAGAAAAUUGUUAAUGAAUUACCAGGUUUGGAAAAAGCAGUGAUUGUGCAACCUGGUUAUGGAGUAGAAUAUGAUUAUGUUGAUCCUAGAGAAUUAAAUCCCAGUUUGGAAACAAUUAAAGUACCAAACUUAUUUUUUGCUGGUCAAAUAAAUGGAACGACAGGUUAUGAAGAAGCUGCAGCACAAGGAGUUAUUGCAGGAAUAAACGCUGCAGCAAAAUGUCAGGGAAAACCAGAAUUUAUAGUUAAUAGGAGUGAAGGAUACAUAGGUGUUUUAAUUGAUGAUUUAACUACACUGGGAACUAAUGAACCAUACAGAAUGUUUACCUCUAGAGCAGAAUUUCGAUUAUAUUUAAGGCCUGAUAAUGCAGAUCUUAGGUUAACCAAAAAAGGAUAUGAUAUAGGAUGCGUUUCAAAAGACCGUUACGAAUUAACUUUAAGCGUUGAAAAUAUUUUAAAUGAAACAAUAAAAAAAUUAAAAUCUGAUUUUAAGUCAGUUUAUUCAUGGUGUGAUAUUUUAAAAAUGAACAAGUCAAAAAAUACUGAAAAAGUAAGUGCAAUGCAAAUGUUUCCCUCUGUAAGAUUUAAUGCAAAUUUUGAUGAGCUUAGAAGUUUGAGUGAAACAGCUUUUAAACAUUUACCAGAAGAUAAUAUAUUGUGUCACAGAAUAUUAGUCGAGGCAAUUUACGAAUCAGCUUUAGAACAAGAAUUGUUAGAAAUUGAAGAGGUUAGAAAACAAGAAUCUCUUAAAAUACCAAAUUCAAUUGAUUAUUUUAAAGAAUCAUUAAAUAUGAGUUUAGAAGAAAGGAGUAAAUUAUCAUUGGCCAAACCUCAAACGAUCGCUGCUGCUUCCAGAAUUCCAGGUGUGACUCCUGCUUCAAUUAUAUAUUUACUAAAAUACGUUCAAAAAAAUGCACUUCAAUAA